AUGAAUUUUCAAGAAUUUGAAGAGAAACGUUCAAAAUUAAAUUUAUCACAUGGUUAUACAGUUAAAAGAGAUAAAGGUAAAUAUUAUUUAUCACAGAUUAAAAAACAACAAUAUCCAAUAAUGAGAUUAAUCGAUCAACCAUUAUCAAAUUUACAUUUUGCAUUUCCAUUACAUAUCAAUUGUCCAUUUUCAGAUAUUUUAGAAAAUUUUACAAGUAAAAUUCAACAAUCUGGUCUAGUUCAAAAAUGGUUUUAUGAUUCGAUUUUUGAAUGUCAUCAAUAUGAUUUUCUAAAUUAUAUUGAAGAAACAACAACUAUAUCUGAAAAUGAAUGUAAUAUUGGUUCUAUUAGUUGUUUUAGACAAAUAACAUUGAAUUAUUUACAAAGUGCAUGGAUGUUAUUAAUGGUUCUUUUAAAAAAAUUAUUUGAAAAAUAUUGUCGCAAAAAAAAGCAAUUAAAACCUGGAGAAAUCUUAGAUCAAGUAAUCUCACAAUCGUCAUCUUCAGAAUGUCUUUUAUAUAAGUUAGCUGAUUACAAAAGGGGAGGGGAUCUCAUCGAUGCAAUUCAAAUAUCCGGUUCUCUUGCCGUUGAACAAUUAAUCCGAGAACAGUUUGGUGUUUUUCUUUAUAAUAAUGGUAAAGGUGAAAUUAUCAAUAGAGCAGAAUUUUUAAAAUGGAAAUAUCGAGAUAAUAAAACAGUCAUAAUACCAAUUGAGAAAUCAUUAUCAUCACAUGAUCCGUUAGGUAAAUGGGUCGAUCAUAAAGCAUGUUGGCAAAUGCAAUAUCGUGGCUCAUUGGGUGAAACUUUAUUACAUGUACUUAUUAUAUGUGAUACAAAAAUACAUACAAAAUUAGCUCGUAUACUAUUAAAAGCAUUCCCAUCGAUGGCAAUCGAUAUUAUAGAAGGUGAAGAAUAUUUAGGUGCAAGCGCCUUACAUUUAGCUAUUGCGUAUAGUAACAGUGAUUUGGUAGCUGAUUUAAUUGCAGCUGGAGCAAAUGUUCAUCAGCGAGCUUUGGGGAGCUUUUUUUUGCCGAGAGAUCAACAACGCGAUCAUCCAGCAAAACAUACUGACUAUGAAGGUUUGGCAUAUAUGGGUGAAUACCCGUUGGCAUGGGCUGCAUGUUGCGCUGAAGAAACAGUAUACAAUUUAUUAAUUGAUGCUGGAGCAGAUCCAGAUGCACAAGAUUCAUUCGGUAACAUGAUAUUACAUAUGGUUGUCGUAUGUGACAAAUUGGAUAUGUUUGGUUAUGCUUUACGUCAUCCCAUAACAUCAGCUAAAAAUGGAAUAUUAAACAAACAAGGAUUAACACCAUUAACAUUAGCAUGUAAACUUGGGCGAGCAGAAGUUUUUCGUGAAAUGUUGGAACUUUCCUCAAGAGAAUUUUGGAGAUAUAGUAAUAUUACUUGUUCCGGAUAUCCAUUAGCUGCUCUAGACACUCUUCUGCCAGAUGGAAGGACAAAUUGGAAUUCAGCUCUUUUUAUUAUUCUAAAUGGAACUAAAGAGGAACAUCUAGAUAUGUUAGAUGGAGGAAUUAUACAGCGUCUUCUUGAAGAGAAGUGGAAAACAUUUGCUCACAGACAAUUUCUUAAAAGACUAUUAAUUUUGUUUGUACAUUUAUUUUUUCUGUCGUGUUCGGUUUAUUUAAGACCCGAAAAUAAUGAAACAGCUAAUGCAGAAAAAGAAAAGGAAGAGAACGAUAACGAUUAUGAUAUUCGGCAACUAAUGAGAUACGCGUGUGAAAUGACAACUUUAAUUGGUGUAAUCAGUUUUGUUGUAUUUCAACAAGGUGAUGAGAUAAAAAAUCAAGGAUUUCAAGCUUUCUUAAAACAAUUGAGAAAUGCGCCAGCAAAAGCAAUUUUUUUGGUAUCAAAUUUGCUAAUUAUUUCAUGCAUACCAUUCCGUAUCAUGGGGGAUGUAGAAACUGAAGAAGCUAUUUUAAUUUUAGCCGUUCCAGGAAGUUGGUUUUUAUUAAUGUUUUUUGCAGGAGCCAUCCGUUUGACAGGUCCAUUUGUUACUAUGAUUUAUUCAAUGUUAACUGGUGAUAUGUUUACUUUCGGCAUUAUUUAUUCAAUUCUUUUAGUAGGAUUUUCUCAAGCAUUUUACUUUCUGUACAAAGGGCAUCCGGAAAGAGAAAAAUCUCUCUUCAAUAACUUUGGAAGUACAUGGAUGGCUUUAUUUCAUACCACUUUAGGUGAUUAUAAUUAUCCAGAACUAAAUCAAACCUCAUAUCCGAAUUUGGCGAAAAGUGUUUUUGUUAUAUUUGUAAUUUUUGUUCCUAUUUUGCUGUUGAACAUGUUAAUCGCUAUGAUGGGCAACACAUAUGCUUUGGUUAUUGAAAGAUCUGAAAAAGAGUGGAUGAAACAAUGGGCAAAAAUUGUUGUUACGUUAGAAAGAGCAGUACCACAAGCGGAUGCGCAAAAAUAUUUAGAAGCAUAUUCCAUUCCGCUAGGUACAACUGACGAUGGUCAAGAACAAAGAGGUGUGAUGGUUAUAAAAAGUAAAAGUAAAACUCGAGCCAAACAGAGAAAAGGUGCACUUAAUAAUUGGAAACGAGUCGGACGGGUUACAUUAGCUGCAUUAAAAAAGAAAAACUUAUCGGGAGAACAAAUGCGACGACAAAUGUGGGGAACAGGAGUAAACACUUCUCCAGCUAAAGUGAGUUCAAGGAAAACUCGGGACCCUCAAGAUAUUUUAUAUGAAACAAAUAGUGCAAUGUACGCCGUAGCUGAUGCUUGCUUAUUUACUCAUGAUAUUUUAAUAGCACCUGAAGCCCCCAAAGAACAACCACUACCAGAACAAGAAAAAAAGAAGAAAAAGAAAGGAAAACAAGUGUCAAAAAUUAAUUUGCAAGCAACUAAAACCACUUUUAAUGUUGAUCCCAAUACUGGGGAACUAAAACGCACUACUGAAAUUAUAGGAGACCCUUUAAGAGAUCUUGUUUUAAUGUCGGAGAAGGAAGCAGAGGAAACAGAUCCUACCCAAAUACAAACAUUAGCUCAUCGCGCAUCCCUAAUUGGUAGCGAAGAAAUAAAAAUACAAGUAGUUACUCCAGCUGUUCAACCAAGUCAGCCAUCAACUCCAACAAGUUUAGCACCACCACAACCCUUACCAUCAAUUACACCGCCACCUUUACCUUCAACACCACCACCUACAAUUACAACCACACCUGCUUUAAAAUCAGAAACACCAACACUGACUCCUCAACAAGCCAAUUUACCCGAAAAUCAAAUGACAGACAAUUUACACGCCAUGUUUACUGAAGCUACUCUAGAUCCUGAAAAAGAAAAAGAAUUUUACCGAAAGCUUGAAGCUCUUGAAGAUACUGAUGAUAGUGAUGCACUUAUUGAGCGUCCACCUCUCGGCAGAAUAUCUUUGAUCCGUCGAGCUAAGUCUGCUAUAUCAAAAAGUUCCGCCCAAAGGUCGGCACCCAAUGAUAAAUUGACUUCUAGUUUUAAUUUUGCUUGGGAUUCACAAACCCCAAAAGUUGCUUUCCGACCAGUACAGGAAUCUGUAAUUCAAAUUGAAGAUUACAAGGAUGAGAAUGAAAUCGUUACAGUAGAUGAUGUAAAACAAAAAAUGAAUGAAUUUCAUUUGAGAAGACGACCCGACUUGGAACGUGAAUUUCGUGUUAAAAAAUCAAGAGGACCAAGAUAUAAGAACAAAGUUUCGCCGGAAAAUACUGCCAACGAGGGCAGAUAUAAAUCAGGAUCACAUUCUCAAUCAAGUGAUGAAGCACACAAUCCCUUAGAACCCUGGAGCACCAGAAAUUUACAAAACAUUAAUCAAAUUUUAAAGCAAAAAUGAAGUUCUGUUUACAAUAGUUUUUAAGAUAAAAAUCAUUCGUGC